AUGCCGCACUCUCAGCCUCCCAUUUCUGUUAGUCGGCAGAAACUGGAUGGAAUUUUGCCGGAAUCCUACGCCGACUACACUAAGCUGGUGGCGGAGUUUGAGAAGUUGAUGGAGUACAGAGCCGAGACGAUAAGCGCAAUGAACUCGGUCGCGGACGAACUUGACCGGAGGCACCGCGAUACGAACAUCGCCAAGAUAGUCGGGUCGAGUGUUGGCGUCCUUGGUGCGGUAGCAGGGGCUGUUGGCGGCGUGGGACUUGCUCUGGUUCCAUUCACUGCGGGCCUCAGUGCUACAGUGGCUGCAGUCGCGGGCGGGUCUCUGCAGUUGCGGGAGGCGUUGCGUUGGGUUUGGGGACUCUCACUACGGCUGGAGCGCAAAUUUGUCGAGAAGCUGCUGGAAAAUGUGGACCUCGCCAAAGUUCAAAAGGUGGUGGACAAAGACAAGGCUCAGUGCGACAAAGUGCAAGGGCUGUGGGAUCGUUUCGAGAAAUAUUCUUCGGAUAUCGUUCAAACAAUUGAAUUGGCCGAUCUGUCGGAGGAGCCUGACCUGGAGUCGUUGAAAACGUGGGUUCUAGUGGCUACAAGAGAAACGAAGUCCAAGGUAUCCGUCGUGGCCGAAGCUUUUCAUGCAGCAUACAAAGAAAUAACCAAAGGGAAGACCUCUACCAAUCAACCAACGGAUAUAAAUGCUGGUAUAGGCACACCAACUGCUGAUGAUCUUAUGGGCAUCUUGGUUUCUACAGCAAAGGCGAUGGCAGGAAAAGUGUGGCAAAUGAGGAGUGUAGUUUCGCACAUAGCAGCAAGCACGCACGUAGUAGGCUGUGCUGUAGCAUUUACACUGAUUGCUACAAUUGGUGUGGGCAAUCUGUUCGUGCUAAUAACCACCUCAAUAAAUGUUCACAAUGGAUCGCUUUCCAAAGUUGCCGAGGAAAUUCGUGGAAAAUCUUCACGGCUUAUAAAAGAGUAUAAAAAGUUCAGAGAAGCCUUUACCGAUUUGAAAAGAGACUAA